CUUGAAAUUGACCUUGUAUGCCGAGGUAAUCUAAUUCGUUGCGCUACCAUCACAAAACAUUACGUACCUUUGUGUAGGUCGAAAAUAUCUAGUCAUGAGUAAUUCAGAUUUUGGUAUUAUUGCUUUGGAGAUCUAUUUUCCAAAAUUUUAUGUCUCCCAACAUGAUCUUGAAGUAGAGGACAAAUGUGUGGGAAAGUAUACUCAAGGAUUAGGACAAACAUCUCUUGGAUUUUGUUCAAUACAGGAAGAUAUAAAUUCAAUGUGUCUAACUGUUGUGAGCAACCUUAUCAGGCGUACAAAUGUUGACCUGAAAACAAUUGGUUUUCUCGAGGUUGGAACAGAAACGAUUAUAGAUAAAUCAAAGUCUACAAAAACCGUACUAAUGCAAUUAUUCGAAACAGCUGGUAAUUUUGACGUUGAAGGAACGGAUACAAAGAACGCGUGUUUCGGUGGUACCUCUGCUUUGUUCGGUGCGCUUAACUGGCUUGAAUCUAGUUACUGCAAUGGCCGUAUGGCGUUGGUUGUUGCAGCUGAUAUAGCAGUUUAUGGGGAUAAAUCAGCUCGUCCUACCGGUGGUGCGGGGGCUGUAGCAAUUUUACUCGGACCGAAUGCUCCUUUGGUGAUUGAUUUUGGUCUACGAGCUGUUUAUAUGAAACAUUGUUAUGAUUUCUACAAGCCAAAUUUAAGCUCUGAAUAUCCUAUCGUUGAUGGUCAGUUUAGUAUGCAGUGUUAUCGAGAGGCAUUAGAAAUGUGUUAUAAAUUAUAUCGACACAAAUCAGCUUCUAAAGGUCUCAAUAGUAUAAUAACAACACCUUGGCGAGAUACUUUACCGAAGGUGAACAAUGCAGUAGACUACAUGUGUUUGCAUGCACCAUUUACUCGUCUUGUACAAAAAGCAAUCGGUUGGUUAGCAAUGAUCGAUAUGCGUACAGAAGGCAUUAUUGCAGAUACAUCAAACAAUUCUGAUGUAUUCUUAUCAUCCUCAAAAGCUGGUCAAUUAUGUCAUAAUAAUCAUCAAAUGACGUCGAAAUCAGAGUAUUUUGAUCAGAUAGACCCAUCUAUUUUUAAUGCUUUAAAAGAUUACCGUUUACCUGAUGAUAAACAUAUUCCUGAUCGCCAGUUGGAUACAAUUUGUUUGAAAGCUACUGAAUCGUUGUACAGGCGUAAAGUAGAUCCUGGACUAAUGUUCGCUAAAAAUAUUGGAAACAUGUAUACUGCUUCUCUAUAUGCAUGUCUUGUUAGUCUUCUUCUUAAUACUUCAAAAGCUGAACUAUUAGGACGUCGUAUACUAAUGUAUUCUUAUGGUUCUGGAAUGGCAUCAGCUAUGUACAGUAUUCUUAUCCAUCCAGAUCGUGAUUUAUCCACAAUUUUGAAUUGUUCACUAGAAUCGUCCAAUGGUUUGUCUAAUAUUCACAAACGUCUAUUUGAUGAGCGAACUCAAGUGACUGUUUCGCAAUUUGAACUAAUGCUUAAAGAACGAGAACUUUCACAUAAUUCAGCUCCAUUUGAACCAACAUUUCGACCUGAAGGACUGUUUCCUGGUUCGUAUUAUUUGAAAAAUGUAGAUGGUCGUUAUCGUAGAUUUUAUGAGAAAUUAUCAGAAUGUUAAAUGAGAUAACUGGAGUAAUAUUCAUCGGCCGAUAAUUGUUACUGUCAGUCUUAUCUCCAGAUUUGUAACGUGGUAUAAUGUACGCGGUUUUCUAACAGUGAGGGUAAGAACCUGGUUCCAUAGAGAGAGUAAUUGAAUGUAUAAAACUUGAUGUAUUUGAUAAAUGUUACUAGUCUAGUUGAAAAUAACUAUGUUGACCAUACUCUUCUUUGUACUUUUGUAAUGCGGUAGUAAAUACGAAGUCAAAAUGUUGAAUUUUUUAAUGAAAACGUUUUUCUGUAGACGUUUUGGUCGCAUUUACAAUAUUUUGAGAAUGUACUGAAGUCAUUAGUCAAUAGUUUUGUAAUAUGAUUUAAAUUAUAGCAAUGGUUUAAUGGUUACAAUAUCUGGAUAUUAAUUGUUAGGUUGCAAGUUCAAACGCUGUUUCAUCUAGUUCACCAUUGCCUUAAAAUCAUGUAUGUAGUUCAUGGCUGGCUAAAAUAAAAAAUACAUAUACUUAUCCAACAAAGUUAUAUUACAAAUGGAAGAAAGAACUUUCAUGCAAUAUAAUAGACCUUCACAUACAUAUCACGAUUUUCACAGUUGAAACAACGAGCCGAUCGAGGCUAGACCACCAUUGACAACGUGGAAGCACUGGAUCGCCGUUUCGUUCAAGUAUGGGACUCCCCAAUGGUGCGCAUCCACGGCCCCGCACGCAAACACUUAACCUCUAGACCACGAAACAUCUGUCAAGUAAUUCCAGGUUUUGAAUGAUGGUCUAGCUUAGAUCAAUUCAUGAACUCAACUGUAAAAAAUACUACAAUCUCCACAAAUCCUCAUAUAUACUAAUAUGUCUUAUACAAAGACGAAACAUAUACUCAACACAUUCCGAUUUUUCCACUGAUGCACCUGAAUAAUAUCAGUUAGUGUUGAACACAUUCCCUACAAAUGAAGUACAUAAAAUUAAGUAAUCAACAUGUUUAUUUUUCAUUCAGAUUGUUAGUAAUUUCGUUGAUUAUGUUUUUUCAAUUAAUUAUAUUUAAAUAUCUUAUUUUGUUUCAACCAUUUUCUCUCCAUUUUAUGAGGAUUUCACCAUAAUCUUGGUACUCUCUGUCUAUCAAGAUUUAUUGUAAAGAGAAAAAAACAAACAAAAAAAGUAGGCCUAAAUGAAACAGUGAUUAUUUCAGUUGAACUCUUAUCAUAUGUAUGUUUAAUUAAAAUGAAAUGUAAUUAGCGCAAUUCUUUAUGAGUUAUUGUUUUGUCGGAACAUCAAUCAUUACUUGUCAAUGAUAUCUUUUUUUAUUGUUUUGUUUUAAAAAAAUGAAAAUUGAAGAAAUGGGUAAUAAUUCACCAGUUUCUCUUUUCUUUUUUUUCUCACAUACUUACAGUGUGUUCUUCACUUUUCUUCUCAAUUUCGUCUUUUUACUUAAAUAGUCAAAGAAAUUUAGUGUAUUUGUGUUGUUUUCAUGGAUUUUGGUUCGUUUUUUCUGUGUGCAUGUGUUGUAAUGCAUGAAAUGAUGAAAAAGACUGUGCAUAUAUACCUUAUUUGUAUGUGUUAGUAUUACGAACAAAUCUUUAUUCUCAUUCCAUUUUAGUAUGAAAACCUUUGUUUAUGCAAUAUUUGUAUGGCUUUAAUGAUUUAAUGUUAUUAUUCUUCUGUUAUAAAAUUAAUUAUGUAUCUCUAUGCAUUUAUUUCUUACUGUACACUGAUUAACGUGACAGUGUAUAAAUGAUUGUCGAUUAAAAUCUAGUUUAGAAAUCCAGGGUAUUUUUUUACAGACGUAAUGUCUCACUUAUAUUUGCGAGAUCGUAAUCAAUGCUGAACGAGUCUCUAGUUUUAUUAAAGAUGAAUUGCAUAUAUUAGCCAUGUGAAAUUAAAUGAAUGAGUUCAGUUGGUUUCUGUAUAUUGGCUUUGAACAUACAAUAAUUGUGUGAAAUUUAAAAAGCCUAACUGGGGAAGCUUGCUUUUCAAUAUGAUGUGUA